CGGAGAAUUGAAGAAGAGAAAGGAAAAAAAGAGCGUGUUGUGGAUAUGAUGAAUAUGAAUAAGAAAGAGUGUUCACAAUUGUAUCUUCCAGAAGAAUUAUGGGCAAUUAUAUUCAAAAAACUCAAAUCUCCACUUGAUGUUGUUCGAUUCCGCAGUACAUGUAGUUUAUGGCACUCUUUUCUUCCUCCUCCAACUCUCUCUUUCAACCUUUGCAUUCCACAUCAAGAAUAUUUUCUAGAACAAACCAAAAUAUAUCGCAUUCAACCAUCACCACAUGAUCAGGACCCUUCAACUUCUCCUUGUUCUAAUAAUAAAGGGUGGCUCAUCAAAGUCUUUCAGAAUACAGAUUCCUCCAAAUUUUAUCUCUUUAAUCUUUUCACUAACCAGAGACUCUCAAGUCUAAAAGUAAAUUUGAUGAAUGUUCGAGUUGUGGAGUUGUUUGAACUAUAUACUCUAUGUCAAAGAUAUAAAAAUAAUUUUGGGUUUGCACCUGAUAGUAUUUUUCACAUAGUAAUUCUAUUUUCAGUUGAAGGUCGUUGCAUGGUCUUUGCACUAUAUACUGAUAAAAAGUUGAGAGUUUCCAAUAUUGGAGAACAGAAAUUUACCAUAUUAAAAAAGGAUGAUUAUGGAGGAAAAAGGUAUUUUGAUUUUGACGAUAUAAUACUUUACAAGGGACAAGUUUAUGUUGUGGAUGAAAUAGGAACUAUUUUUUGGAUCAAUACUUUGUCCUUAAAGUUGGUUCAGUUUUCACCAAAAAACUCCAGUUGUGGUGAAGAGAGACAACCGAUGAAUUUUGAUAAGCGAUUAGUAGAGUAUGAUGGAAAUCUCUAUGUGGUUGAUUUAUAUAUUGAUGGUGAUGAUGAAAAGUAUCGCAGACUUAGUUACUUAUCGAGGGGUGUUUAUGUGAAAGUUUAUAAGUUUGAUCAAGAAUGGGGUAAAUGGUUAGAUGUAAAAGAUCUAUGUGAUGUUUCGUUUGUUUUGGGUAAAGACUCAAAUUUUGCAUUGUUGGCUCAAGAUUAUCAUGGAUGUGAAAGAAAUUGCAUCUACUUCUAUUAUCAAUGUAGGGCUUCUUGUUUCAGCUUGGAGAAUUUAGAAUUUAAGCUUGCUAAAAGUUUUUGGCCUUGUCCAACUUUGUUCUAUUCUAUGACCUGUUAAUUUGUAAGUAUAAUAAUCACACUACUAAAGACUACCAGUAAAAUUAUUG